AAAAAAAAAAAGGGGGGGAACUCUGAAGAUUACAGAGCUGCAACGCAGCAACCUGAACCUGUCUGUAUUUUAAUUCAGAAGAGCUCACGCAUCUGCCUUAAAUCUUGUUCAUUGGAUUAGUAUUGCAGCGUUAUGGAUAUGAGCGUGGGCCAGGAUUUUAAUCAACUUUCUUAGUCUGGGCUUUUUAUAUUUGCAAGGGACAGGCCCGAUAACCCUUGGGUUUGGACUUUGGAGGUUUCAAGCAACCAUCACCAGCGUGGCAAUUUCAUGAUCACAACACCUGUAACUGCUGUCUCCACCACCAGGUUUUGCUGCCAAAUUCUGAGCAAUUAUGGAAGAAGUUCAAACCCCUCUACCAGUUUAUCAUUUCGCUCUGUGAAGGCCUCAAAGAAAUUGCCAUUCUCUUCUACAAUCACCUGCUCAGCUACUAAUGGGUCCUCCCAAGACUCUGAAAUUAGUUCUGCAGCCAAGAUAAGGAGUGAAGUUCUCUCUCCCUUUCGGUCUGUUCGGAUGUUCUUUUAUCUUGCUUUUAUUGCAAGUGGUGCUCUGGGAGGAUUAAUAGCCACCACACAGUUAAUUGCUGCAUUAACAAAUUCAGCAAGAGCAGCUGAAGUCCCUGAGAUUGCGAAAGGUCUUGGAAUAGAUGUCGGAGCAGUUUCCCUAUUUGCAUUUCUUUAUUCCAGGGAGAACAAUGCUAGGAAUUUACAACUGGCUAAGCUUACAAGAGAAGAAAGUCUGUCAAAACUGAAGCUCCGUGUGGACGAAAACAGGAUUAUCUCUGUGAACACUUUACGAGGGAUUGCUCGUCUGGUAAUCUGUGCAGGCCCUGCAUCCUUCAUUACAGAGGCUUUCAAACUUAGCGAACCUUUCACACAGAGCCUUUUGGACCGUGGGGUGCUUGUGGUCUCUUUUGCCACGGAUGGGAACCUUCCAAAUUUUGAGUUUGAAGAAAGUGAGGAGAUGAAAAAUAUUACCAGCAAAAGGAAGAAACUCUGGCAAUUGACUCCUGUUUAUGUUUCUGAAUGGUCCAAGUGGUUAGAUGCACAAAAGAAAUUGGCUGGUGUCUCCCCUGAGUCUCCUGUGUAUUUAUCUCUACGCUUGGAUGGCCGUGUCCGUGGUAGUGGAGUUGGCUACCCUCCUUGGAAUGCUUUUGUAGCACAAUUACCCCCAAUAAAAGGAAUGUGGACAGGCCUUCUUGAUGGCAUGGACGGAAGAGUUCUUUAAAUCAAAUGUGUUCAGUUAUUACAGCUCUCCCCCUUAUUCAAUGGAGAUUCAUGUUGUGUUAGUCAUUGGUAAGUUUUGUAUAAUCUUACUUUAUUUAUCUUUUUUCUUUUAACUUGCUGCCAAUGACACUUUGUAUCAACAUUGAGGUCCCAUGUGCUAAGAAAUAGCACAAUUCAGUUACUAAUAUAAAAGUUAUUGUGAUAUUUGUCAUUUUGA